CUUAAAGCAACUGUUCGAGCUUCUCACGAGUUUGAUUGGGAUUCCGGGAGCUUCACUACUGUGACUGGGCAAGGUGCGUUGUUGAUUACGUAGUUACUGACGCUUCCCAGCAGCGCCCUGUGGAUUCGCAACAAAUGAAACGAGUUUUUUCCAAGUCGAGAAAUAAGAAGCUUUGCGGUACCUUUUAACAGUCCCAAGGCCUCUACUUCCAAGCACAAGCAGGUUCAACUUAAGAUCUCCAACAGCCUCGAUGAUCUUCUCUCGAGCAUCGCCGUAGUAGACCUUACCGUCCACAGCAAACUGGAGCCAGGAGCUCGACGUUGAGAUCGACAAGAACAAAAAGGAAAACGCGAUCGGGCUGGAUGCCAUACUUGUCCAAGACGUGCUCGUCGUAGUCGUGCAUUGGGAUCAAGGCUGUGGAUCAAUCCUCCAGGAAAACCGAGUCUGAGAACAUCUUAAGAUCGAUCGGAGCCACUUACGAGUGCCGGCUUUCUCGAAGAGGGCGGUGUCCUCGCCCUCUUUCUUGCGGACGACGAGGACGAAGAUGUGAUCGCCAUCGCGCGCGAAGUGCUCGAGCGCCCAGCGAAGCGCGUACCUGCUGGUGGGCGACAAAUCGAUCGCUAUGCCCACAUUCCUCGUCAUCGCUCUUUCCCGCCCUUUCCAAGCGCCAUUUUGAAUUCAAAUUCAAAAGCCGGCCUCGUCACCUCGCCACGUCAGACGUGCCAAGUGGAGGCCCGUAUUGCAUAGCCCUGGGAUCUGAAAGCCCUAAAUCGCGAAUCGCGAUGGGGGUGAAGAACACGGCGCGGUCGAUCGGCAGCCUGGCGGGACGGCGCCAUUGCUUUCGCGGUACAUUUCUCUCUUAGAGUCGAUCGGUAGCUUGCGUUGGGGAGGAUGGAGGAGGAGAUUCGAGACGCCGAGGCGCAGACCGAUUUGAGGGAGAAUGAGACGCAAACGGCAGCCUUCGAUCUCAUCCAGCCCCCGUCUUGGAUGUUUGUCAACAUCGAGCCGUGGGUCUUUGAAGAGAGAUAUGGAAUGCGAAGAAGACCCCACAGGGAACAAGCAGCGGACGGGGAUCGAGAGCUCUUUGCGAGAGACAAGGAAAUUGUUCCAGUUCGGAUGAAUCCCAUGGUUUUCCCCAACAGAGUUGAGAAGGAAUGGCACAUUCCAAGCCUCGAGGAGCUCACCGAGCAGCGAGAUUUCAUGGAGCCCUUUAAGAACUUGCUACUCAAAGAGCUUGCGGAGCUUGAGCCACGGCUGAAAAUCAAGGUGAACGUGGAGGAGUGGCUCCAGGGCGAUUUCAUCGCAAUGACCGACGCCUACGCGCGACGCGCGACUCGAUCCACCAAGGGAAGAUCGAUCGCGCGAGCGGUUCCACGCCAAAGACACUACUCCGUCCAAGUUGGAAAGCACCGGAGAGUUUUGACACCCAGAUGUGAUCCAACUCUGGUGGUCAAGCUGGAGAGGCUCACGGCGAUCGUGUUGUUCCAGCGCUGCCUCCGCGGCCGAGCAGCACAGAUCUCGGUGCUGGAGACGCGCGAGCGGUGCAUUGGAUUGUACGAGCAGCUAAACCAGCUCGAGAGAUGCGAGGAGGUGAAAGAGCCGGAGUCGACGAGGAAGGACAAACUCUGGGGCGCAAAGUGCGUUGUGAGCGUCAAUCUCUCCAACUGGCUCGACGCCAUUGUCAUUCCCGAGUUUAAGUUUAAAACGGAAUAAUAAUAGUAUCUCUCCUGUAAAUCCAAA